AUGGGACGGAGCUGCUCCUUCCUCCUGCUCCUCUUCCUCCUGUCCCCGUGGCCCAGAGCCACCGUGGCACUCCUGCAGUACCGCCAUGACUGCGGGGAGUUGGGAAUGCAGCUCCUGGUCUUCCCGUCCCACGGCCGCACUGUCCGCUUCAAAGUUCUGGACGAGUUUGGCUCCCGCUUUGACGUGGCCAACUGCUCCAUCUGCCUCCAUUGGCUGAAUUCCAGGGAGGACGGCUCUGUCAUCUUCUCCUCUGGCUACAAGGGUUGCCACGUCCUGUUCAAGGAGAACCGCUACGUCCUGCGGGUGCAGCUGGAGGAGCUGCUGUCCAGCGGGAUCCCCGUCACCUCCUACGAGGUCAACAUGACCUGCCCCAAGCCAGGUGGCUCUGAGAUGCUCCCAGAUGGAACCCGGGAGAAGACCCGGGACAGCGGAGUCCUGAUCUCCCACACCGGCCUGCACCAGGUCUCCGAGUCCUCCCUUACCCUUACGGGAUCCCACUUCACAUCCCAAGAUCACCUGGAGCAGGUUCACACCGUGGGACAGUACCAGCCCAGCUCAGUGCUUCCUGGGCUCCAGCACCAUUCCAGUCCAGCCCACUCGGGGCUUCUGCCCCAGCCUGGUGGGGCUCAUCCUGUCACCCAAAUCCAGGGAAGCUUCUUCCGCCCAGCAGUGCAGCCCCCCCAGUCUGGGGGGCAGAGCCAGCCAGGGAUGCUUCGCCCAGUGCUUGUGUCCCAAAACCAUCCCAGUCUGGCACAUCACGGGGGUCAGACCCAGCCGGGGCACCUGCGUCCAGGGUCUGUAUCCCAAAAUCAGCCCGGGAUGGUGCAUCCCGUGGGUCAAAACCAACCAGGGAUUCGCCCAGGGUCUGUAUCCCAAAAUCAUCCCGGGGGUCAAAAUCAGCCAGGGAUUCGCCCAGGGUCUGUAUCCCACAACCAGCCCGGGAUGAUGCAUUCCGUGGGUCAAAACCAACCAGGGAUUCGCCCAGGGUCUGUGUCCCAAAACCAGCCUGGGAGUCAAAACCAACCGGGACAACUUCGCCCAGGGUUUGUAUACCAAAAUCAUCCCGGGGGUCAAAAUCAGCCAGGGAUUCGGAUUCGCCCAGGGUUUGUAUCCCACAACCAACCUGGCUUGACCUCCACUGGUGCCCAGACUCCAGCAGGAUUCCUGCGCCCAGGAGCUCAGCCCCUAAACCAGCCGGGAGUAUCUCGUCCCAGUCAUCACUCCAACUCCCACACUGGGGUCCCGGGCCACACUGGGCUGCUCCAUCCUGGCCAUCCCAGCCCAGCUUUGGUGCACCCAGGACUCUCAUCCUGGCCAGGUUUCAUCAGCCCUGGGCUCCAGGCUGAGCCCCAGCCAGGCCUGGGACGCCCUGGGCUGCGGCCCCAGCCUGGAUUGCUGCAUCCUGGGAUUCACUCCCAGCCCGACCUGCUGGAGUCCACAGCGCUCUUCUACCCCUCGCCAGGGGCAGGAAUGCAGCUGACACGGGAGCAGUGCCAGGUGCCGGUGGGCCGGAUGCCGUGCGUGGCUCCACAGGGGCGGGAUGCAUGCGUGCAGGCGGGAUGCUGCUACGACGACAUGGACCGUACCACACCCUGCUAUUACGGGAAUACCGCCACCGUGCAGUGCCUGCUGGAGGGACACUUUGUCCUGGUGGUCCCGCGGGGAAUGGUGGCCCUGCCGUACAACCUGGACAGCGUGCGGCUGGCCAGCAGCCAGGCGGGAUGUGAGCCCCGCCGCGUGUCCGAGGCCUUCGUCAUGUUCCGCUUCCCGGUCACCCACUGCGGCACCACCGUCCAGGCGAUCGAGGACAUGCUGAUCUAUGAGAACCAGCUGAUCUCCACCAUCGAUGUCCGGGGAUCCCCCCGUGGCUCCAUCACUCGGGACAGCGUCUACAUUCUCCGAGCUCGGUGCAUCUACAACUCCAGCGACCUCCUUCCCUUGGGAGUGGAGGUGGCCGUGCCCCCCACAGCCGCCCCCCUGGCCAUGCUGGGCCCGCUGGGGCUCCAGCUGCGGAUUGCCACUGACGAAUCCUACAGCUCCUACCACGCUGUGGGUGACUUCCCCCUGGUGAGGGUGCUCCGGGACCCCAUUUACGUGGAAGUCCGGCUGCUCCAGAAGACGGAUCCCAAUUUGGUGCUGGUGCUGCACCACUGCUGGGCCUCCCCUGGCUCCCAUGCCACAUCCCAGCCCCAGUGGCCCAUCCUGGUGGAAGGGUGUCCCUUCCAAGGGGACAACUACAGGACACGGCUGAUUCCGAUGGGUCCGGUCUCUCCGGAGCUGCCCUUCCCGAGCCACUACCAGCGCUUUGUCAUCUCCACCUUCGCCUUUGUGGAGCCCCCUGGAAUGACUGUGCUGGAGGGGGAGGUGUACAUCUCCUGCAGUGCCUCCGUGUGCCACCUGGCCCAGCCGGAGCCCUGCCGGCCCUCCUGCCAGCUGGGAGUGCCCUCACGAGCACGGAGGUCUCCAGGGAACAGGAGGACAGGUGACAGCAUGGGGACAGUCACAUCCCAGGGAUGCCUUGUGUUUCCUGAGGUUCCCAAGAGAGGGGGAACUCAGCAGAGAGGCUGA